AUGUCAGAAAUCAUUGAUAAAAUAGUCCCAUACAUUCCAGAAUCUUUGAAAGAAAUAGAUAUCCACAAAGCCAUCAGAUUGACAGUCAUUGUUGGUGGUUACAUUUUGAUUCGUAAUGUGGCUCAAAAAUAUUUGGCCAACCGUCAACUAGAAAACCAAUUGAAACAAGAUACUGAAAGAAAAGAACAAGAAAGAAUCGAAGACUUAGUCGAUGAUCCAAAUGCAAAAGCUUCAGGCCUUGAUGAUGGUUCUUGGGGUUGGGGUAAAAAGACAAGACGUAAUGUUAAAAGACAAGAGAAAAUAUUACAAGAACAAAUUGAAAACUUACAAAACGGUCAAGCCCUUGAUGAAGAUAAAGAUAUUGAAGAUUUGUUAGAAGAUUAG